AUGAGGCUUCAAGGUGGCGGCCUUGCCAAGGGUCGUCAGUAUUUGCCACAAAUCUUAACGGUGUUGGCCAUAUUGGUUGUUGCUAAUGUAGUGUCGGCAGACCCUUAUGUAUACUCUUCUCCACCACCUCCUUCUCCUUCUCCGCCACCACCUUACGUGUACAAAUCUCCACCUCAUCCCUCACCUUCUCCCCCGCCUCCAUAUGUUUAUAAAUCACCUCCUCCCCCUUCUCCAUCACCACCUCCACCAUAUGUGUAUAAGUCUCCACCCCCUACAUCACCAUCACCACCUCCACCAUAUGUAUAUAAGUCUCCACCGCCUCCCUCACCGUCUCCACCUCCACCCUAUGUGUAUAAGUCUCCACCACCUCCAUCGCCAUCUCCACCUCCACCAUAUUACUACAAGUCUCCUCCUCCACCAUCACCUUCACCACCACCUCUGUAUUACUACAAGUCUCCACCUCCACCUUCACCAUCACCUUCACCACCAUACUAUUAUAAAUCUCCACCACCGCCUUCACCAUCACCACCUCCGCCAUAUUAUUAUAAGUCUCCACUGCCACCUUCUCCUUCACCUUCUCCUCCUCCACCAUCCCCAUCAUCACCCCCACCAUACUAUUACAAAUCUCCACCACCACCUACUAAAUCACCUCCUCCCCCAUACUAUUACAAUUCUCCACCACCACCAGUGAAGUCUCCCCCUCCACCAUAUUACUACUCCUCGCCACCACCACCCAAGAAAUCACCUCCUCCACCAUAUCACUACACUUCUCCACCACCACCAUAUGUGUAUAAAUCACCACCUCCCCCAACCCCCACAUACGUUUAUAAUUCUCCACCACCACCUGCUUACUAUUACAAAUCUCCGCCACCACCAACUAAAUCUCUACCACCUCAUUAUUAUUACAAGUUUCCACCACCACCAUCACCAAAACCUACACCAGUAUAUUUUUACAAAUCUCCGCCUCCACCAACUAAGUCUCCACCACCUCCUUAUUACUAUAAGUCUCCAUCUCCACCAUCACCAAAACCUGCACCAGUAUACUAUUAUAAAUCACCCCCACCUUACUACUACAAGUCCCCACCACCACCAUCGCCUUCUCCCCCACCUCCUUACUACUACAAGUCUCCUCCACCACCAUCGUCAUCUCCUCCUCCACUAUACUAUUACAAGUCCCCACCACCACCACCGUCAUCACCUCCACCACCUUACUACUACAAGUCUCCUCCUCCUCCAUCACCAUCUCCCCCUCCACCAUACUAUUACAAGUCUCCACCACCACCAUUACCAUCAUCUCCACCAACCUAUUACUACAAGUCCCCUCCUCCACCAUCGUCAUCUCCUCCUCCACUAUACUAUUACAAGUCCACACCACCACCAUCGUCAUCACCUCUACCACCUUACUACUACAAGUCUCCUCCUCCUCCAUCACCAUCUCCCCCUCCACCAUACUAUUACAAGUCUCCAUCACCACCAUCACCAUCACCUCCACCAACCUAUUACUACAAGUCCCCUCCUCCACCAUCGCCACUUCCACCUCAACCAUACUAUUACAAGCCACCACCACCAGCAUCGCCAUCUCCUCCACCGUCUUACUACUACAAGUCUCCUCCUCCUACAUUUCCUUCCCCCCCUCCACCAUACUACUACAACUCACCGCCACCACCUUUCCCAUCUCCUCCACCACCCUACUAUUACAAGUCUCCUCCACCACCGUCCCCGUCACCUCCCCCACCCUAUUAG